UUGUCUUCCUCUAGGCUUGCCUAUUCUGUAUUCAGAUUUCUUUUAUCAGUUCCCUUUGUUUGUCUAUCGAUACAGGUUUUUGAUUGGGUCGCCAUGUUCAGUAAAUCCGGUAAAGAGAACCCCAGACAACUGUACAGCACUUCAAGCCGGAACAGUUCUGCUCGGAACAGUGGCAGACACCUCCCCCUACCAGACGACGUGGCAGUGAGCGCCAACAAGGAGGCCGCAGAGCAAACUACUCGCAUGAGAAAGUUUCUGGAAUCUACUAAAAACUUCUUGCAAAGUCAGAGCCAAGCUGCCAAUCUUCACAUCACCCUGAACGAAGUUAGAGGUAAAGAUAGGCAGGACAAGUUGACUCGAAGAGCCUCCAACUCCUCUAACGAUUCCAGUGGUGGAACAGGCGCCCCUAACAGCAUGAGUCGGAAAGCUGGCAGGAGAACAUCCUGCCUCUUCAACCCGAGCGAGAGAAAGGUCCUGCAUCCUGUUACCCUGAGUAUCGAUCAGAUUUCUGAGUACGAGCACGCUUUCAGAAAGUACGACCAGAACGGGGACGGAGUGAUCUCGGUGGCAGAGCUGAGUUUCCUCCUGGAGACCAUCAGCCUGAAGCCCUCAGAGGAAGAAGUGGUGGAGAUGAUCGCUACUGUGGACGCUGACAGGGAUGGUGUUCUGAGCAUGUCGGAGUUCGUGAAGCUCAUGUCCCGGCACCACAAUCCCGCGGUAACACCUCAGCAGCAGUACGAGGCUAUCUUCAAGGUGUUCGAUGCUGAUGGUAACGGCUAUAUCAGCAGAUCUGAAUUUAAAGACACCUUGUUCAGCAUUGGACAGCGGUGCUCGGAGGAGGAGUUGAAUGCACUGGUUGACGAGAUAGAUCUGAACAGAGAUGGAAUUAUUAGCAAGAGGGAGUUUUUGAGAGUGUUUCUUAACCAUCCCACUGUUGCAAGUCUUGACAAGAUGCAGGACUGAAGGAGUGUAGUGAUCAUAGGAAUAGUAUAUAUUAUAUUACUGCACAUUAUACUUAUAGCUUUUAGAAAUUCAUGUUUUUUUCCCAGAUAAAAUUAAAUAAAAGUUUACCCGUAACCUUUGUGAUCAGUAUCUGAAGCUAUUUCAUCCUUUCAGAAACUGAAGGCUCUUUCCACUUAAAAGCAUAAUGAAAGGCUCAGAUAAUAUUUUCCAUAUCCAAUAUCUGGACAAUUUGAACGAGAAGAAAAUGUUAUGGUUAUGAAAGAUUGUUUAAACUUAAAGUGUUACGUAUCAUUUAU